AUGAGUCUUGAAUGUGGAUUGUUUCAUGCAGGACUGUGUUCUUUUCUGGUUGUGAAUUCCUUUGGGAGGGUUUUGCUUGAGUACACAGAAAAACUGAGGGUGUUGAAUGAAAUCAUUCUUAAAGCUAUGGCAAAGUCACUAAACUUGGAUGAGAAUUGUUUUCUGCAUCAAUUUGGAGGAAAUCCGAGAUUGCUUUCGACUUUUAAUUUCUAUCCUCCAUGUCCAUGGCCGGAUGUUUUAGAUGCCAACAAGCCCCAUGCAGAUCCGUCUGGGAUUACCCUUAUCUUGCAAGAUGAUGAAGUGGAAGGCCUUCAAGUCUUGAAAAAAAAUCAGUGGCAUAGAACUCCGCUAACUCCAGAUGCCAUUGUCGUCAAUGGUGGUGAUCAAGUUGAGAUAAUGAGUAACGGCGUAUUCAAAAGUCCAAUACAUAGAGUUCCCACAAACAACAAAAGGGAGAGAAUAUCGCUAGCUUUUUUCUUUUGUCCUGAACCUUCGUCCGGUGAAAUCAAACCCGCGGAGGGACUCAUUGAUGACAAAAAUCCGAGAUUGUACAAGAAUGUCAUAGAUUAUCUUCGACACUUUAGAGAGAACAUUCAACAUAGGAUCGCAAGGCCUUUAGAUGCUUUGAAAAUUUGA